AAAAAAUAUCCUAAUUUAUCGGUUUGUACCACGAGAUUAUUUUUUAAAAAUUAUUAUCCAAUGAGAAGCGACUUUUUAAAUAAUUUUAUUUUGCGCCGCAGGAGGCAGGACUGCCUUGUACGCAUUUGCUCUUGCGUGGUGAGAGGAAUUAUUUGUAGUACGUGAAGUGAUUCGAUAUUUGUGUGACGAUUUUAUUUGUUUAUCGGUUACAAUUAUUAUGAAGUGGAUUAAGUUAUCAGACGAUGAUUUUGAAUUAUUCGAUAAAGAUAUUGAUUGUGAGUGUGACGAGUACAUGCAGUCGCAUCUUCAGCAAUGGCAGCAGAUGCAUUUAGAACAAGGCCAGUCGUUUUGGUUACGUUUUCUUAUAACAUACAGAUCAUUCGCCUGGAAAUGUGGAUUUGCUAGUGAGUUACGUAAUGAUGAGACUUUUCCUUUUUGCUCCAAUAAGCUAAGAAGAUUAAUUGACGAAGCGUGUGUUACUGUUCAUAAGAAAUUUAUAGAAGGACAGUUUUCAAAUGCUAAAAUGUUAUUCAAUGAUAUUGUUACUAUAAUAAGAAAUAAGCAUUUAAUUCUAUAUUUGUCGUCGGGAUCACCCAAGCAAAAUAGCAGAUUUUAUUGUAAUGAGACGAAAAAAGCGUGUAAACGUUUGUUCGGCGAUCUUAAUAGAAAAGGAGCUAUUUGGCUCAUUCCAUUUUAUGUGAAAUUUGCAGGAGCUGUUUAUAAUAUUUUUAAAAUAUGGUUUCAGGAAGAAUCUUCAGAAAACACUCAACAUAAAAGUUUAUACUGGUUACCACCUUUAGAGUGGAAUGACAGUAAUUAUGAACCAGGCAUAUUUGAACAUUACCUUUUUAUAUACUGGGAUAAAAAAUUAACAGAUAUUUUGAAUACAGAUAAUAUAUGCGAACUAUUUUCUCGAGAAAUAUAUAAAGAUUCAUGUUAUUUAGAAGAUACUAGAAACUUUUGUAUGUUUUGUAUGUGUGAAAGUAAAACUUUAGUUGAUGAUGAUGAUGAUGCUGCUGCUGAUACUGAAAUAAAAAAUAUUCAAACAAAAUUAAUCAAUAAACUUGUGCUCUCUAAACCUUGUAAAUGCCCUAAAAGAAAAAAAGUAAAAGGACCAUGUUGUCCUAAUUUUGCUGAAUUUUCUAGUAAUAUUUUUAAUAUUUUUGAACAUCUUGACAAAUUAGAAUUAACAAAGGAACGACUUUGCAAAAAACUUGGUGAUAAGAAAGCAAAAGUUAAUGAAUCUGAGAAUGUGAAUGGUGACAACUUGAAAAUAAAACUGCCAAAAAAAGUAGAAAAACGAUAUAAAAAAGAAAUGAAAAAAACUAAAAUUUGUGAUGAAUAUUAUAUUGAAAGUGAAACGGAACAUAAGGCUAAUUUAAAUUUAUCAAAUAGCAUUCCAUUAACAAAUUUUGAAGAAAAUUCUGAAAUACUUACAAUGAAGGAUACUUUGUUGUUUGAUGAGAAAUGCAAUUUAGUUAGUGAACAGACUAAUGUCACCAACAUUGAUAAAUUUCCAACACACAAUGUUUUUAAAAAUACCAUUUGUUCAGAUGAAAAUGUAUUUAACAAAAAGGAAGGAAAAGUACAUAAAAGUAUUCAAGUACAAGAAACUAAUAAUUUAUCUCAAUGUUCAAAGACCUUUCAAAGUAAAUCAGGUCUUGACUGUGAUUAUGAAAUUACCUAUGAUGAUGAAGUCGAAGCUAAUAUUUCAAAAGAUAACUUUCAUACUUCUAAAGAGAGAAAUGAUUUCAGUAAUAAAGCAACUUCAUCUGAUAUUGAUGAUGAAAUUGAUGAAUUUUCAAAAGACUUAGAAGAUAUUAAUGAUAAUUUAGAUACUAUUGAAAAAAGUAUUAAAGAUAAUGGAGGACUUGAUAUUGAAGGAUUUAAAUUAUUUUUAGAAACAGGAAGAUUACUAAUGAAAAGUAAUUCUUCAAAAAAUAAAAUUCAAUUAAAUAAAAAUGUCCAAGAUGUAAAACAUGAAACAUCUAAACUUCGUGUUUGUGCUCAAUGUAUGACCAAAGAACCAAUACCUAAACUGUACAAAAAAUGUUCUAGAUGUAAAUCAGAAAAAUUUUUAGUUCCUCGUUAUUAUUGUUCUAAAAAGUGCCAAGUAGAAGAUUGGGAAGAAUCACAUAGAGAUGAACAUCAGAGGGCUGUUAAAUUAUAAUAUUUUAA